CGGAAAAGCUGCUGAGUGGCGGAAAAACAACAACUGGCACAAUAAGUAACAAAAUCAAAAAUAAACAAAGAACGACAGGAGCAAUAAAUAUACUACUAAAAAUAAUAACACUAAUUAAACUCUGCGUUAACACACAUACACGCAAAAGCGAUAAGCGAAAGAGGAAGGAGCAGCCGAAAAGUAUGCAGCAAAAAUGUGAAUAACUACUUCACAACAAAGCAGCAGCAUCAUCACACACACUCUGUUGUUGUUAUAUAAGUGUGUGCGUGAGCGGGAGUGUGUGCGUGCGUAGUAGUAAAAAUGUAGCAAAACUACAAUUGUAAAUUAACAAAGGCCAAGUAAAAAAAUGAGACAACGAAUCUAAGAAAAUUUUUGAUACAGCAAUUUUUGUUAGUAAGCGGAAAAGAAGAAAACACAAAGGAAAGCAAAAGGAAACAAGCAGCUGGCAGAGAGAGAGAAACAAUUUGACCCAAGCAAGCAAAAGAGAGCGAGUGAAAUCGCGACCACCAACCACCAAUACAGAUGAACAUGCUACACAGUUUCAGCGGCGGCGGCGCCGGCAGCGCUGCCAACGCCUCAGGCGACGUCAGCAACGCGGAAACCGAACUGAAGGAGCGGCUGAUAGCCAGCGUGAAGAAGGAGGUGAAGCAGCUGAUGGAGGAGGCGGUGACCAAGAAGUACGUCCACGAGGAGAGCAGCUCGGUGACCUCGUUGUGCGGCGCCGUGGAGGCCUGCCUGAGCCACGGUCUGCGCAGAAGGGCUCUGGGUCUGUUCAAGACCUCGUCGACGACGGCACUGAUCCAGAAGAUAGCAAAGAUCUGCCCGGAGGCGGAUUACGUGAGCCGCCGGCUCCUCGAGCUGGAACUCGCGCAGGAGUCGCACGCGGUGAGCGGCAAACGAUCUUCCUCCAGCAGCGACAGCAUCAUCAAGCCCAAGCUCCUGAGCAAGGGCAGCGGGAGCAGCAAUUCGGUGACCACCAUCAAUACGGUCUCCAAUGGGGCGGGAACAGGACCUGGAGGCGGGGUCGGUGCCAAUGCCCCGCUAGUCAAGUACCUGUGGAUCCGACUGGCUCUGCACGAGAAACGGCUGGCCAAGAUCAUCGAACACCUGGUCAGCAACGCCAACAGCUACUACGAUCGUGAAGCGCUGGUCGCCGAUCCCGACUACGGCUCCAUCCUGAGCUCCCUGCUGGUGGGUCCUUGUGCCCUCGAGUUCACCCGGGCCAAGACUGCCGACCACUACUGGUCCGAUCCCUGUGCCGAUGAGCUGGUGCAGCGCCACAGAAUCAGCUCGGGCAACCGGACGCCACCCACCACCCACCGGCCGAUCAUCAACUUCAAGCGCAGCCUGCACACCAGUUCGGAGGACACGAGCAGUGGCUCCUUCAAGGCCUGCUCGCCGGCGAGCGUGGCCAAGGACUACGUGGAAUCGCUGCACCAGAACUCGCGGACCACGCUGCUCUACGGCAAGAACAACGUACUGGUGCUGCCCAAGGACGUCUCCGAGCCCAUGCCGGGAUACCUCAGUCUGCACCAAAGCAUCCAGUCGCUGACGAUCAAGUGGACGCCCAACCAGCUGAUGAAUGGCUACAACGACGGCGAUGGCGGCGACAAGAGCUUCUACUGGAGCUACGCCCUCAACAUCAACGUGGACGAAAUUGUCUAUGUGCACUGUCACCAGAAUCGCGGCGGCGACACCGGCGGCACCAUCAUCCUGGUGGGCCAGGAUGGCGUACAGCGGCCGCCCAUUCACUUUCCUGAAGGCGGACACCUUCAGGCGUUUCUCAGCUGCCUGGAAACGGGUCUCCUGCCACAUGGUCAGCUGGAUCCGCCGCUCUGGUCACAGCGCGGCAUUGGCAAGCUGUUCCCCUGGCCCAAGAGCGUGAGGCGACACAUCUUGCCCUCCGUGAUGGAGGCCGGCGGCUCCCUGGCCGACGAGACGCCCAUCGACUAUGUGUUCCGUGUGGUCAGCAAAUGCCAGCACGAGGAGUUCUUGGCCAGCCACCCCAUCCUGGAGCUGGGGCGAUCGAGCCCGCGGCGGAAGCACCUCGGCAGCUGCUCCACCACCGGCAGCAGCGACUGCUCCAGCAAAAGCCUCUCGAUCGACCAGAGCAGCUGCGAAACGCCGCUGAUCCAGGCCAGCCAGAGCACCAGCAUCGAGCUGGUGUGCUCCACGAUGCGCCGGCAGAUCAUCUCCAGGGCCUUCUACGGCUGGCUGGCCUACUGUCGCCACCUCUCGACGGUCCGCACCCACUUAUCCGGGCUGGUCAACGGCCGCAUCAUGCCCAACCUGGCCGCGGACGAGGAGGGUCUGACCCGUGAAAAGUGGCAGGCGAUGCACGAGGAUGGGGUAAUUACUGGCGACUUGGAGCUCUAUCGACUCGUUUACUUCGGCGGCGUGGAGCCGGAGUUGCGCAAGGAGGUGUGGCCCUACCUUUUGGGGCAUUACGCCUUCGGCUCCACGCCGGAGGAGCGGAAAAAGCAGGACGAGACCUGCAAGCACUACUACGAAACGACGAUGAGCGAGUGGCUGGCUGUGGAGGCCAUCGUGCGUCAGCGGGAAAAGGAGAAGACGGCCCUGGCCGUGGCCAAAUUGAGUGCUGAGCAGGCGCGUCUAGCGGCCAAUGCCGCUAGCUCCUCGAAUCCCCACCAGAAACUCACCAACGGCAGCCAACAUUUGCAGCUUGAUCAUGGAAACGGCGAGGAUGAUCAGGAGCAGCUAGUCCUGGACGAGGGCGAGAAUGAUGUGUUCGAUGACAAUGACUUUUCGGACAUUUCCGAUCCUGGGGAUCUGUUUGAUGAGCCGGAAUCAGGCCAGGAGGCCGAGGAGCAGGAGCAACGUAACAACGAGGAGGAGGUCUUUAAAAAACAGGAGGAGGAUCAGGAGAAUCAGGAGGAUCAGGAGGAUCAGGAGGCCCAGGAGGACGAUGAGCAAAGCGAGAUGCCGCGACUCAGCGAGCAACUUGUUCUGGAGUUCCAAAACAUAGACAGUAUGGAACCAUUACGUCUGCAGGAGAACUGCUUUGCCGAUUCCGAGACCGAAAACGAUCUGGGACUGGGUCUGGAUGGCAGCGGCAAUAUCCUGUUGCUGAGCAUCAAGAGCUCCCCAUCGACGAGCAGCUAUGAGACGGUGGGCAACGAGUUCGUCGACAUGGCGGAGGCCAAGCUGGAGGAGGAGGAAACCCCUGGGCAGCUAAGCAAGUUCCACAGCGCCGACGACGUGAGGCUGGACAACCAGGAUGAGGAGGAAUCAUCGCAGCCAGCCACUGCGGUCAUUAUAACAGAGGCGGCUUCGCUGGACGCCCUGGACGACGAUCCCACCGAGGAGUUUACCUCGAGAAAGACCAGCCUGAUGUCGCCCCUCAACGAGGACAUCACGGUGGUGGCCUCGCUGGAUGCUCUGCAGGAGCCCAAGUCCGCCUGCGUCUCGCCAGCCAGCUCCAACGGAGGUGUCUACAGCGUGGAGCUGCUGGAGCAGUUCGGAUUGAAUCUGCAUCGAAUCGAGAAGGAUGUGCAGCGGUGCGACAGGAACUACUGGUACUUCGCCAACGAGAACCUGGACAAGCUGCGCAACGUGAUCUCCACGUACGUGUGGGAGCACCUGGACGUGGGCUACAUGCAGGGCAUGUGCGACCUGGUGGCUCCCCUCCUGGUUAUCUUCGACGACGAGUCGCUCAGCUACAGCUGCUUCUGCAAGCUCAUGGAGCGCAUGAUCGAGAACUUUCCCAGCGGCGGGGCCAUGGACAUGCACUUUGCCAACAUGAGGUCCCUCAUCCAGAUCCUCGACUCGGAGAUGUACGACCUGAUGGACUCGAACGGCGACUACACGCACUUCUACUUCUGCUACAGGUGGUUCCUGCUCGACUUCAAGAGGGAGCUCGUCUACGACGACGUCUUCGCCACCUGGGAGGUGAUCUGGGCGGCCAAGCACAUCGCCUCCGGCCACUUCGUCCUCUUCCUGGCCCUGGCCCUGCUGGAGACCUAUCGCGACAUCAUCCUCUCGAACAGCAUGGACUUCACCGACGUCAUCAAGUUCUUCAAUGAAAUGGCGGAGCGCCACAACGCCCAGUCGAUCCUGCAGCUGUCCAGGAGCCUGGUCCUCCAGCUUCAGACCAUCAUCGAGAACAAGUAGACGGGUAGCCAUCCGUAAACCAUCGUCAUCGUCAGUUCCUGGAGACCUCAGUUGCCGAUCAGUAUUGAGCAUGCGACGUACUAUGUUGUUAGCACCUAGAAACUAGAAUCGUAGAAUCGCAGUUAGAAUGAAAGCGCUUAGGGGUAUAUAGCCAACCACCACAAAGCAUAAGCAUACCACAUACCCACUAACGUAUACCCUACAACAUUUAUACAGAACAUAUAACGCAUAACAAAUAGCGCAUAACAUAUAACAUAUAUGACAUACCUGCACCCUAGAGAUUGCAAUUAGCUGCAAUUAGCUGAGAAUCUCGCUGUGGUUUUUUGGGAGGCCUCCCGUAAUCCGCAAUGGUUUUUUUUUUUUUGGAAACGGCUGGGAAUCGCUUAAAGAAAUUUAACACAAUUAAGGAAAUUGUAGUGACCUGAAAACACACAAAGAAAGAAAGAAAAUCAAGUGGAAAUCGAACAACGUAAAAGAUAAACUAUUUAUACUUAUACAAUAUACAUGGAUAUACCGAUUAUAUUAUACACAGGCAGUGGCAUAUUUAUACGUUUUGUAUAUUCGAGAGAACCAGGAGUGGAUCACGUACAUAUAUGGAUAUUGUAUUAGAUAUCGUCUAUAUAUGGCAAUGCUGUGCGGCUGCGACUGCGGCCAACUGUUGUUAAUGUUAUGUUAUCGCUUUGGCUAAUAAUUAGAUAUAUUAUUAUAUACGAGUAUACACCUGUAUUCAACGACAACCGGGGGAGCGCCAUUAAAGCUGUGGGGGAAACUCCUUGAAACCACAAUUCACAUAUGUAUUUUGAAGCACCUAAGGAAACUAGAGUUUCAGAAAGAAAAGCCCAAGUUGAAGGGCAUCGUUUUAGGAGAUUUGACGGCACCCCCGAAUCGAACUGCAAUUGUUGUUAGUUAUGUUUGUCUUCUGUUUUUCAUUUGUAGCUGCAAGCGUUGAGAAAAAAUUUUGUACUCGAGUUGCCCGACAGGUGGAUCCUGGGGCUAUAUCUCUCUAUAGGUAAAUCGAACAAUUACCACACGAAACUGUUACGAAAUUGUUGUUGAUGGCUGCGAAGCGUUGAGUUUGUUUGUAUUAGCGAAACUGAUGUGUGCGACCCAAUAUGUGUAAAGAUAUAUAUUUAACGAAUAUUAUAAUAUUUAUACAAGCAUUAACCCGAAGCAUAGUUAUAUAGAGCGGAAUGUGUUAGCCGUGUAUUGUUAUAAUCGAACCCGAUUCGUUGCUAUUCUCAGGCGAACUACCUUGUUUCCAAUUUCCAAUUUCCGGUUUUCAAAUUCGGUUACGGUUUCGGUUACGGUUUUCGUUGUUUUUUGGUAAGUGCAGGCGCACCAAAAAUCCCUCCACUGGGCUUAUAUACAACCUACAAAUAUUAUAUAGAACUAUUUAGAGCGCAAACACUUUGUGUGGAAUCUAAGUUAAUGCGAAGUAGCACGCUUUUUGUGUAUGGAAAAAAAGUCGAAAACGAAAAACCAAAAAAAUACUUCAUGUGAUUUCUUGUUGCUUCUUUGAAUAUCGAUAUUUUUGUAAGCGCUAAAACGUAUAUAUAAAUAUAUAUACCUUACGAAACAGAACGAGAUGGCGGGCAACAGAUAGAGAGAGACGGGAAGCUGAAGCAAGAAAGAGAGAUAAGAUAUAUUUUACACUUGGCUGGGGCAACAGGCAGGGUAUGGAAAGUCAGUAAAGUCCAACCAGAACUUCGGCCACUCUUUUGAUACACAUAUUCGACAGAAGAUCUGCAAAUCCACCACGACGAAGUAUGAUUAACUAAACCCCGAAGAGCAAGGCAGGAACUCUCGCUAUAUUGUAUCGUAUUCAAGCUAAGCUACACAUACAUAUAUAUACAAAAAUAUAUGUAUAUAUAUAUAUAGAUAUAUAUAUAUAUUUAUACCCGUCUGUGUAGAGACGCCAGCUAGAGAACCCGAGCAUAUAGAGUAUUACGUUACCCACGAUUGUAACCACAUAUAGCAUACGCAUGAAUACUACGAAUAUUUUAUGUUCCAAGUGAAACCAUAUAAAUGCCCAAAAAAAUACAAAUAACUGAUCAAUGUAUAAUUUACCGAAACCAUGUCGAUGAAAACCAAAUAAAAGGAAUUAUGUAAAAUGUUUACAAGAAA